AUGGCAGCACCUCCCAACAAGUUUCCAUGGGACUAUGAUGUACCAAACGACGCGUUUUGGACUUCUCUGCCCUUUACUACAGGCCGUAAUUUCCUCCAAUGUUUUCAGAAAUCAGAGAUUGAAGCACUGUCAUCACAAUUCGACGCGUCUCUUUCCACCGACGAUAAGCACAGAUUACUACUCAGGAUCGUGCAGGCGAAAUUGGCAGAGGCACGAGAAGCUGCAAGCCAAAAGUCAAAUCAUCAUGGCGGCAGCGGCAAAUCCCCCUUGCUCCUCCACGAAAUCAACUACGACGCAUGGCAAAAGUUCAUGCUGGCACAAGAGACCAUGCAGCACAACCUAGGUCUCGUUGCCGACGAGGAAGCGACUUUGAAGGAAAUGCUAGCGCACCCGCGGCCCGGCCAGGACAAGAACUGGUCGGCGCUCAACAUGAUGUCGCGGCUGCUCGAGCAACAAGGCCGGUACGCCGAGGCCGAGGGCGCUGCAUUGGAGGUUCAACCGUGGAUGGAAGCACACGCGCAAGUUGGACGGGGCAGUCCGCCGGCCAUGGGCAACAUGCGCAUGAUUUUGACGGCCGUUUGGAAGCAAGGCCGUUUUGAUGAUGCGAGGUCUAUCUAUAAGGAAAUGCACCACUUGGUCGAUGACAUGGGGAAUGGCAAGUUUGCGCAAUAUCAGGAAGAAGAGGCGGAGAUGCUCGAGACGUUGAUGACUGAUUUGGAGAAAUGGAAACUACAGCAUCAAUGA